AUGAAUGUUAUUAUUCCUUUUUAAACUGUUAUGAUAGGUUUUACUGUUGCUUUUGUAGGGUUUCUACUUUAAAGAGAUUUCUUGAUGAUUGUGGGGGCUUUGUGUAUUACUGGAGGAUAUAAAGUUGCUUCCGUGGGGACUGAAAUUGAAGGAUAGAGUGUUUUAGGAAUCCUUUUUAUGAAAAAAGGAUCUUUGGGAAUCUAUCAUGAAGAUUUAUUGGAUUUUAAAGAUGUUGUUUUCGAAGAUUUCGAUUUAGGUGUUUCUAUUGGAUGCGCAAAUGAAAUAAAUCCUUAAAAUAACGAAAGAAACGAAUUUUUGUGUUAGGUUUGGAAAUUAAUUGUUAAAGGCAAAUUAUUAGAAUUAAGAAAUUAUUGA